AAUGUAUUUAUUACCUAUCUAAUAGUAUAGUCUAGUAUAUGUUUUCUUUUAUCUUGCAUACGUUUAUUUAUUUAUUGUGUAUAUGUAGAUUUUGUAACUCUUUUUCCAAUAGUCAAAGAAUAUGUUAGAAAUAGAUAAAAGGAAAGACAGCAUUUUAGCUUCCCUACAGGUUAUGGGAGAUGGUCCAAGAAAAAGGAAUUUUCAAAGAAAAACUUCCCUUCCUUUUAGAGCAAAUACACCCGCACUUAAUGGAUUGGUUCCGAGAACACUUUUUAAUUCAGAUCACCUUGCUAGUGGGUUGUUGAAUACACGUUUAGACAGCUCACGGCGUGGAGAGACGAACUAUGGUACCCAGAGAGGCAAAUUAGCGCACUUGACAAAAAUGUGUGGAAAACUCGAUCCUAUAAAUGAGUUCAAUCAAACUCAAAUAAACAACAUUUUACUCGUUUCUACUCGGCACGCGAGACCCAGCAUUAAGCCCAAGUUCUUAUUCAGGUUUCAGAAAGUUGCUAAAUGUGUGGCCAUGCUUUGCCUGCUAUACAGAGAUCAUCGUCUUGUCGCUACAAAUAGUUAUGGAGUUCUGAGAGUGAGAAGAUAUAAGACAGAGGAGAAAAAGAACCAGGGGACAGACCAAGAAAUUCUUUUUGAUUUGACAUCAUUUCGAGCCAAAACUAAAAUCCAGCUCAGGGUUUCAGAGUCUGUCAAGUGGAUUCUUAGCCGUCCACCUCAGAACCGUUCUGAACAGGAUGUUCAUUUCAUUCUCACUGCCCUGCAAGAAAUCAGGGGCUUUGGCAAUUACUCUGGCAUCCGACAGAAGAAGGUUGCAAAGGCAGCUUGGUAUGCAAGCUAUGAAGCCCAGCAAGUAAUGAUUCAGCAAGGACAAAUUCCUCAUUCCUUCUACAUUUGCCUGUCUGGAUCAGCUAUUGUGAUCAAAAAGAACAAUGAAACAGGCCAGGUGAAGCCAGCAUGGUUUCUAAGCAAAGGAGAUGCAUUUGGGGAUAAAGAGAUUCUGAAUAGUGAUCGGUGGCCUUCCUCUAUCAUCAUCCAGGAACCAGCAGAGUUUCUCUGUUUGGAUAGAGAGGAUUUUGCACAUAUUUUCCUACCUGGAGGAAGAAAGAAGCAAGGUGAUCCAGAGCAAAUUAUGUUUCUCAGUGAACUCAAGUUUUUAAAAGGCUGGCCCCUUCAACUCUUGGAGGACAAUCCAGGGAAAUGUGUUGUAAAACACUUCAAAAGAGGCGCUGUGAUUUUACAGAACAGUAACAUCACUGAUUGGAUCUAUGUGGUUAGAUCUGGUAGCUGCUCAGUAAUGAAAGCUUUUAAUAUGGAUCACGAUGUUGAAGCCAUUUUUCCAGCCAAGAGAAAAAAACAGCCCAGUAUUUUCCAGGCUGCUUCUACCUUAGUAUGUCCCAGGACUCCCACGAAAGUUCGUGAACCCGAGAAGAUCAUCCCAGACAAACACACUACAAAGACACAGCAAAAGAAGACCAUGAAGCACAAGGAAGGAAAGGAGAACGAUCACUCUGUGUCUCGCAGAACAGGGCUGGUUGACUUUAAUCCACAAUGCUCAGUGAACGGAUCCAGGAGUCCAGAGAACCAAGUCUGGGGUGUGACAGAGGACACUGAAUGUGGACUGAGAGAAAGAGACUCAAACACAAUAGUGCUGGAGACAAAGAUGGAUGAUAAAUUUAGCAAGGUCAAUAAAUUACCUUCUCCUAUGAAGUCUGCCUACCUCAGGGCAAGGCUGGUCGUUUCUCCACUGGUUUCUGAAAAAACAGAGGUUGAGAAGGAUAAAACAGAUGAAAUGAAUCUAUCCAAAACCAAGCCUGCAUUCAUAAUGAUAGACACACUGGUAAAAGGAUCAGUCUUUGGACUAUCUGACUUUUUGUUCAGUGACCAGCCAAGUUGCUAUAUAAUUAGCAACGGGGCAGAGUGCCUGCAAAUCUCUAAGAAGUUUUACCUGGACAAUGCAUCCCAGGAUGUUCUUGACAAGCUCAGGCAGCAGCAACAUCCUUAUCCUGAUGAAAAGGAGCUGUUGGAGCGACUCCAGAAAGAGAUGCAGUGGCUGGCUUUGCGUAAACUAGCUAUGCGCAGCGCACUCCAGAGGACUGAGCGGAAACGAAAGCAGAGACAGCAUGGACUUCCACCACACUGCAGUAAAAACUGAAUCUUUCUAAUAAACAAUAAACAAUAAUCAUCUGUGGUAUGCCACAGUAAAAAAAAAAAAAAAAAACUAUAGCCAUGUACAGUAAAGCAUUUCAAAGAACAGUAAUUGCACAGCACAAGACUGACGUAACUUAUCUUUGUUACAGAAUGUAACAUUAUCAGAUAAUUGUCAUGAAUGAUAUGAAGUGGAUGCUGAAGUUAGUAACCCCUUUUAUUGAAGUGGUGCUCUUUUUUUUUUUUUUUGUUUAAAUUGUUCCCCUGCUGAUGUAAUGUCAAAAUACAUACAUUAUUUUUUUCUUUAAUAUUGCAAUUAUAGCAACUAAAACCUUUCUGUGACCCACUCAAACAAAGAAAAUACUAUGCAAAACUAUGUAAAAUCAAAUUGUUUUCUGCUUUGUAACUGUAUAAUUCAACUGGUCACUCUCUACAAAAACACAAUUGUGGGGGGAGGACUUAUACCCCUUCUCCACUGAGAUAGCCAACCCGUGAGGGCUCGGUAUGGUACCGGUAUGGGUACUUCUCCACUGGCAUAUCCAAUCCGUGAGGGCUCGGAUGGUACUGGU